CCCCGAGUGCACCGAAAGUACACACCUGCGUCAUGGCCAAAAAGGAGCUUCCCCCUGGCACCCAAAAGGCCAAAGGAAUGGAAGUCAACAUAUCCGGGUUCUACGGCAUCCAUCCAAUUGAGACGGGAAUCGCGUACUGGUACCGGGGACACUACCUAUACUCGAAGGCCGGCGUGUCCGUCGAACCGAUUCCGUUUGCUACCAAGAAGGGAAUCCACAUUGUCGGAACGACGGUCGACACUGCACCGCCAUUUCACCCGCUCGGUGUGCCUGGCACUCGCCACGAACCUGAGGUUGCCGCACUGCACCGCAGCAUGGCGCAUGCCUGGGAGGACCAAGAGAAAAACAAGAACGAAGAUGGCGGAACUGGUGCGUUCGAGGGCCAGACAGGCGGGAUCCCAGGCAUGACACCGUCCAAUCGUGGAGCAAAUCCCGCGCAAUGUGGUGAGUCUUCGAAUUUGUCAGAGGGCCACUUUCGCCUUGAGAUCCCCAAGAACGAAGCGGAGAGCCACUACAAUGAUCGUGCUAUGUUCUUAGCCCAGUCCGCGCCUGCUUCUCACCGCGGAACACCGACUCCGUCACAAUCAGGGACACCGAAGCCAUGGGGAACGCGCGCCGCGUCGCCAGCGCCGUUGGGUACAGUGGCGUCAACAUCUCAGAUGGAGACAUUGUUGGAGCAAGGACGCGUCAUCGACAACCUUCUUGCACUACAAAAGAAACGUCCAGAUCUUUUGAACCCCCACGCGGUCAACUCAUACCUGAGCGACUUGAACAAGGAGUCCAACCAAGAGCCGUCUCGUCCUGGUUCUCGUGCCACGAGUGGCAUAGCUCUGGCAGAAAUCAAUCCCACACUCCAUCAAUCGCCGUCGCGUGCCCAUUCCCGCGUUCCAAGCGGCAUUUCUCUGGCAGGAUCCAAUGACACACUGCCUCGGUCGCAAUCACGUCAUCCUUCCCGUGUCACGAGCGGUAUCUCCCUGGCGGAACUCAACGACGCGCCCCUUCAGCCGCCAGAUCGUCCGUACUCACGUGGUUCGGGUGGUCUUUUCCUCCUGGGUAACAAACCCAGGGUCACCUCGAAUGUCUCGUCCAGCAGUGCUUCCAUUCACAAGGAUCUUCCUGGUCCCUCGAUGUUCGACCUCGUCCAGGGACGACAAAAGUCUGUGCAGCGCACUGGUCGUACCCGCUCAGACAGUAUGAAAGCUGCUAGCCUUGCCCUGAACGAAGCGUUCAACGACUUCAACAAAGAUAGCAUCGAGAAGGGACCGAAGAAGACCGGAUGUGGCAUCUUGAAAUGCUGCGUGCACGGCGAUAACUGCGACGGAGUCACGGUGAUUAAUGAGCACCUUACCUUGCAGAACAUGAAGGUUAGGGGCUUGAAAGAGGACUAUCCUAUGGUGGCCAAUGAGGGUCGGACGAUGAUCGAUUGGUACGCGCUGAUGAAUGAGGAGCGGGACGCUGGAAAGUGAACUUUUUGUUUGCUUGUGCAAUGGAUGAUGCACUGUUUUGAUUAUGUG